CCUUCGAUGUGUUGGUAACUCCGGUUGGCAUACGUUAGUACAGCUGAAAAUCUUGGCCAGAGUUUAUUUUCUGCCAGUGUCUCGAUAAAUACGAGCGGCGAGCGCACCCAAAUCCGAAACCUGUCCUGUCUGCAGUCACCGUGCGGAAGCGCCUCCCAGCCGACCCCCGAAAAAACUCGCUCACCAGAACACCGGACUGCCUUCGCCAUAUGGUACGGACCGUCGCCGGCUCCCGUCCCAUUCAGCAAACGUCGGCCAACUCGGAUCGGAAUUCCGCUGCUGCUGCUGCUGUGGUCGCGAGCCCGAUGAAAAGAUAAUAAAUCAAUAUCAGCAGCAGCAUGCCACGUAAUGUUAGCCGUGCGACCAUCAACCAGGACUGCUGCGAUUUGCUGAGUGCCGUCGUUGGCGGUGUCCUGCAAAACUAGGAAGUUGUUUGGAGAAGGAAUUGAACGGAAGGUUUAGAUCAAAGUCGAUUAAGGGAAAUUGUUGCGGUUUGGAAUUGGACGGAGAAGGCAAAGUCUAGAGGACUCUCUCUUCGGUGGUUGGGAGGAAAUUUUCCGUCCGUAUUCGGACGAAAGUUCAAAGCGUCUCGAAAUGACGUCAACGUUGCAGCACAUGGUCAGGUUGGUUCUACCCGGAAUCGCCCUCCUGUUGGCGCUCUCCCGGACGAUCCUGGCCGCUAGUCAACCGCACAAUGUGAUAUACGCCAUCAAUGCCGGCGGAGAUGCGCACGUGGAUUCGUACGGAAUCAAGUACGCCCGGGAUCCCCUGAUGGGCAAGGUCGGUACGGAGUCCGACUACGGCAAGCAGCUGUUGAUGAUCAACCGCGUGAAGCCCAACGAUGAGCUGCUGUACCAGACGGAGCGUUACCAUCACGAUACCUUCGGGUACGAACUUCCGCUGGCCGGAGACGGGGAGUACGUGUUGAUCCUAAAGUUUUGUGAAGUUUACUUCAACGCCCCAAACAUGAAGGUCUUCGACGUGGUGCUCAACAACCGCCACAUGGUCGUCACGGACCUGGACAUCUUCUCGCUCGUUGGCCGAGGAACCGCCCACGAUGAGUACGUGUACUUUACCGUGUCCCGCGGCAGACUAUACUUCAAGGAAGAAGACUCGGAAAUUCGAGGAGGCAAAGUGAAACUGGAAUUCCUCAAAGGCUACAAGGACAACCCGAAGAUCAACGCCAUUGUGCUGAUCAAGGGCUACGACGAGUCGAGUUUGCCCCGCUUAUCACCACAAGCCAGUGAACAACAGCAGAUCCCGGAACCGCUCGGGGAUCUGCAAAACAACGGAGCCGCCAGCGCCUCCACCGGCUCACCCAGCUCCGCCGACGGAGACGCCCAGACGGACUCAAAGUCAAAGAAUCGAAAAACUAGCGGUCCCAAACAGCCCAAUCCGUACUCCCUGGACGAGUCGUCCAUGAUGCUGCCGGUGUUCAUCGCGAUCGGCGCGUUCAUCCCGCUGUUGUUUUGUCUUUGUCGACUGUGAUUUUAUUGCAAGCAAGCUCAUCUUGGUUUUAUCCUAAGUACCGUAGUUAUAGCCGACGUCGGCGCGCCGUUCCCGAUUCGAACGAAACCGGUCCGAAUCCGGAACCCGACGACGUCGACGGCCGGUUUGUUGAGAUAUUUUUAACUAAG